CUUCCCAGUCUCAGAGGGGCACAGAGAAACAUGCUGGACACAGGAAACUCCAGCCCACACAGGUAUCAAUUCAGUGUAUGCAUCCUCGAAAAAGAGUUUGUAUAAGGCCUCGCUAAGCCUGCUGUCUUAGUCAGCUACUGCCAUAAUAAUGCUUCGUAACAAAUUGCUCAAAACUUAGUGGUUACAAAAGCAGGCAUUCUCCUGUCCAAAGGUCUGUGUGUUGACCGCUGUCCAGUGGAUACAGGCUGUGGUCCACUGUGCUUCGGGUUGCAUGUGGAUGGGCUUGAAUCUAGGACACAGGUUUAUGCAAGUCUGCUGCGUGGGUUUGUUCAGGGACUCAGGCUGAAGGAGCAGGGGCUAGGCAAGUCAUGGUUUCCCAUCAAGGAUCUCCUGAGUGCAAAAGUCAAGCCAAAUCAUGCAAGUAAUUUUAAGACUCCGUUUCCAUUUGCAUCAUGGUUAGUAAUGUUUCAUUGGCCGAAGUAAGUCACAUGGCCAAGCCCAACCUGGUUGGACCAGGAGAAGUGUUUUGUUCCUAGUGGGACGGGAAGAGUCGUGAAUAGUCGCUAGAUAAGAAAUCCAAACCAUUGCACCCACUUUAUUGAAAACCUCAUGCCCUCUCCAGAGAGGGUAAGGGGCUUGGUCCACCUGUGUGGCAGCAGAAAUAUUGGUGCCCUAUAGGAAACCAGCAGAAACCAAACAUAGAAAAGAAAUGUCAGGAACCCAACUAGGUUAGUCUUCUGUGUGAGGAGCAUCUACAAAUACUCAUAUCACAUAACAGUGGCCCUCAAUAUGCGUGCCCUUGAGCAUUGCGGGGCAUGGCAGGCCCCAUGGCAAUGUGGCGGUUUCUUAUCUGUGAACUUCAAACCAGCAUUUCCACUCACGUAAAUGGUCAUAAUGCCACCCCACUUUUAUGGAAAAAAAUUUUCCCAAACUAAUGAUUUUUAACAUUGACCAUGACCAGUUAAAUUCUUUCCGGUUAUGCUUCUGACUAUUGCCUCUUCCCCCCCUUUUAGGCCUAACACUUAUCCUUCAGAGUCUACGCCUGAGCUUGCUUGCACAGAUUUAGGCUUGUAUACACUGUAAGGGUUUUGCCUUAAAUUCACACUGCGGAUCUUCAGCCCCUGGGAGACUCAGGUAAAGUCUUGUAAAUCAGCUCCACACCCACAGACGUUUAUUCUCAAUCCCCAACACUAGCUGCCUAAUAUGCCCAGGUGAGCCUUCCAUGGGGAUUACAGGAGGCAGACAUCCUUUGAGUGCCAUCAGUAGAAAAACUCAAAACUCACGGCUGAGUUUGGAUACUAAGUCACCAGCAAGAUAUGUGUUGAGUUCAAGAACUAGGUAUGAAAUGAAGCUAUUGGCUUGGCGAGAACACUAGACUCAGCAGGAAGAUACCCAGUAUGAGAGUCUAGGGCAGUUUGCAUAGAUAGGUAUUAGCUGUAUCUUGUCUUCAUGGAGACCAAAGACUCAUACUUUUGCCUGGCCUGAUGCUCUCAUUCUUAAGUUAGAGCAUCUGCUACAAAUAACACUUACUGGUUACUGAUUGAUUGUGUUGCACACAACAAAGCAAGGAGCUAUUUCCUUUACUUCUUCCCAUCCUCCUUCCCCUCUAAAUUCAAUUCUUUCAUUUCCUUACCUCUAUUUAAACACACACACACACACACACACACACACACACACACACACCUUACCUAGAAAAUAUUGCAUCCUUGGUCAUAACUUUGUGCCUCCUUUAUUUUCAGAUGUUGACCUUACCAUUCUGGUCUUCUGUCCCUCUCCCCUUCCCAGCAACCAGGCAAUCAGAGGUGGUCACUUCUCAAUGGGCCACACCUUCCCUGUGCUCCAGCCCUUUGCAUCUGUCUCGGUUCUACCAUUCUUCAUCUGGUGGACUCAGUAAAUAUACUGUGUAUUUCGCAGAUAAGGAUCAUGUGAUCUAGUGCAGAGCAGGACUUUUAGAUCUAGACAGCCUGGAGUUGAUUUCAAUCUGGGUUCUACCAGUUACUAGUCAUGUGAUCUUGGGAAAGUCUCUUUCUCAAUCUGUACCUCCGAUUUCCCCAUCCAUAAAACAAAAUAAUCAUACCUCCUUUGACAGAUUCGCGUAGGACUAAAGAACUAGUGUACAUUUAGCAUAUUGUAGGCCAACAACCAAUAAUAGCCAUCAUCCUUUGCAUGUGUUUCAGAGUUUCUAAGAGCAGUACAAUCCUAUCAGACCAUCUCCGCCGCAGUAAGGGAUAAGAGACGGUGAACCUGUUUUUCCACUUGUGGUUUGUCUCACAUCUUGGUGGAAUACAAGAAGAGGCUGAGAAGUUGCUCAGACAUUGGAAAAUGGGGACUUUUUAAAGAGAGUUUGGGGAUACCGGGGUCUUCUUUUCCCUCGCUGUGAAUAGUGUUCGCCACUCACUGUCGGACCAAGAAGGAUGUUUCAGAGACUCAUUUGGAGAACUCGACAUAUCAGGAAGUAGCACAUGACUUAUGUCUGAGCAUUCUAAAGACAAGAGACUCUGGCAAAGGCCCGGAGCAGGGCACGAGAUGCCUCCCAAGGGCAAGACCGCCUGGGGAGUGAGGACUUCCCGCUGUGCCUCCCCUGAGAAGCUGAGAUAAAGGAGGAGAGGCCGGGGUGUCUCUGCACUGAUAACCAGGCUCCACCCAGAGGCCAAUGGUGUGCAUAUGGGGAUGGCAGGGGCGGUGAGUGGCAGAAGUGCCCCUUCUCCAGGACCAACAAACUGGGGUGGGAGGAGGCGGGAGGCCAUUUCCUGGAUCCCAGUCUUCAGACUUCAGCGUCCAGAGCAGAACCAGGAAGGAUCUGGGGAGCCAGAGAAAAGGAUAGACAGACGGACACAUAGGCAGAAGCUCCGGAGGGUGGGGACACCUGCGGAGAGAACCACGGGGACCCAGCUGGGAGAGCGGAAUGGGGACUCUGUGGAGCCAGGAGAGGCCCCCAGAAGAGGAGCAGCCCACGGAACAACGGAGCAGAUGGUGGGCCCCAGCCAGGCGGCUGCUAACGGCUGUCCUGCUUUUAGGCCUGUUCCUUGGUUCUUCUGUGGUUUUGUUCUACUUCCUCUGGAGCUGUGGGCCUCGCCCCUGCAAGACGCCCGCGUGCUGGCGUCUCCUGAAAUAUUACCAGGCCUCCGGGAACACCAGUGUGCCCCCUUGCACCGACUUCUUCAGUUAUGCCUGUGCAGAGGCCGAAGGAGCCAAUACUUCUUUUCAGGCCCUUGCUGAGGAGAACAAGAGCCGACUUCAGAAGAUACUGGAUGCCCCCCGGUCCUGGCCCCCAGGGUCUGGGGAGGAGAAAGCCUUCCAGUUCUACCGCUCCUGCCUGGACACAGAUGCCAUCGAGGCUGCAGGGGCUGGUCCCCUCAGGCAGGUGAUUGAGGAGCUCGGAGGCUGGCCAGUCUCCAGUAAUUGGACUUCCUUAGAUUUCAACCGAACUCUGAGACUUCUGAUGAGUCAGUAUGAUCACUUCCCGUUCUUCAGAGCUUAUCUGGGACCUCAUCCCACCCCUUCACACUCGCCAAUCAUCCAGAUAGACCAGCCAGAGUUCGACGUUCCCCUCAAGCAAAAGCAGGAACAGAAGAUCUAUGCCCAGAUCGUGCGGGAGUACCUGACUUACCUGAACCAGCUGGGGUCCUUGCUGGGAGGAGACCCCAUCCAAGUGCAACAGCAUGCCUCUGUGUCCAUCUCUAUCACCUCGAGGCUAUUCCAGUUCCUGAGGCCCCUGGAACAGCAGCAGGCACAGGAGAAGCUCUUCCGGAUUGUCACCAUAGAGCAGCUGCAGGAAAUGGCCCCUGCCAUUGACUGGUUGUCCUGCCUGCAAGCAACAUUCACGCAGAUGUCCCUGAGCCCCUCCCAGGCCGUCGUGGUCCAUGACCUGGACUAUUUGAAAAACAUGUCGCAGCUGGUGGAAGAACAGCUGUCAAACCACAGUGACUUCCUGCAGAGCCACAUGAUCUUCGGGCUGGUGGGGACCCUCUCCCCAGCACUGAACAGUGCGUUCCGGGAGGCACGCCGAUUGCUGAACCGGAAACUCCAGGAGCUGAUGGGACGGCCACCUACGCCCGCCUAUGAUCGAGGCAUGCAGUGCGUGGAGGAGACCGGAGCCUUCUUCGAGCCGGCCCUGGCAGCCUUGUUUGUCCGUGAGGCCUUCGGCCCGAGCACCCAGAGUGCUGCCAUGGACUUAUUCACUACCAUCAAGGAUGCCCUUGUUACCCGCCUCCAAAGGCUUCCCUGGAUGGAUGAGGAGACCCGGAAGGAGGCCCAGGACAGGGUCACCAGGCUGCAGGUAGAGAUGGGGGCCCCUGGAGGGGCCAUGACGCCAGCACUUGCCAGCCAGAAAUACAGUGAGGUACGCCUCGGACCCAACUUCCUGCAGUCCUUCCUGAGUGGCAUUCGAGCCCGUCGAGCCAGAAUCAUCCAGAGCUUCUUGGAGCCUUUCCCCCACCACAGGUGGCAGGUGUCUCCCUGGGGGGUCAAGGCCUACUAUUCAGUAUCUGACCACGUGGUGGUCUUCCCCGCCGGACUCCUACAACCACCGUUCUUUCACCCCGCCUACCCGAGGGCUGUGAACUUUGGCGCUGCUGGUAGUAUCAUGGCCCGCGAGCUGUUGCACAUCUUCGACCAGCUCUUAUUCUCUGGGAACUGCUUGGCUUGUGACACCUACGCCCUAGAGAGGGAGCUGCAGUGCCUGGAGAGAGGCUACGCUGCCUUUCCUUCACCUGGCGGAACUUCCUUCGGUGGCUUCCACUUGCUUCUGGAGAGCGCCGCCGACGUGGGGGCGCUGGCCAUCGCCCUGCAGGCAUACAACAAGAGGCUAUUAUGGCGCCGUGGGGAGGCCACCCUGCCCAACCUGGACCUCACCCCCCAGCAACUGUUCUUCCGGAGCUAUGCCCAGGUGAUGUGUAGGGAGCUCAGCACGCAGGACUCCCAGGACACUCAGAGCCCACCCACCCUUCGGGUCCAUGGGCCUCUCAGCAACACUCUAGCCUUUUCCAGACAUUUCCAGUGUCCACAAGGUGCCCUCCUGAACCCCUCCCACCGCUGCCAGCUCUGGUAACCCGGCUCCCAGAGAGAACUCAGUAUGGACGUGUCAGUGCCUCCUCCGUGGAAUCAGGGUGAUAUCGUCCUGUCCCUUCUUCUCCAAAAAUAAAACCUGGAACUUGG